UCUCCAUUUAUUUUCUGUAACAAAAAGAUCAGUACAAUUUAGGAAGCUUCCUUGGAAUGGAAACCUCUGUUGGCCAUCAAAGCUUAUUAUUUAUACAUAUAUCAAGUAUGCAAAGAAGUUCAAUUCCAUUUUUACCAGCAAAAGAUCUAGCAAGCUAACCGAACAAGAAAUGGCGCAUGUCUGUUUGAUCCCACAUCCUUUAACUUUGCUUUUCCUGUUCUUCCUUGUAAUCUCUCCUGAGAAAUCCUUCGUACUCGCUAUUGUCUCUGUUGAUACAAAGGAGCAAAACUCAGUUGAUAUAAUCAAACAAACCUGCACCACAUGCGCAGCUAAAUCCACAAUCAUUAGUUACAGUUUCUGUUUAACCUCACUGCAAGUAAUUCCAGUGAGCCACGCCACAAAUCUUCAAGGACUUGCAGGUAUUGCAAUGGAGCUAGCUCUGAAAAAUGCAACCAACACUAUUUCAAGCAUCGUAGGGUUAUUGAGUAAUGCAAGUUUUGACCCUUUUGCACUGGCUUGUUUGGGAGAUUGCCUGGAGCUAUACUCGGAUGGGGUUGUAACACUGGUAGAUGCCAUAGGAGCUCUCUUGACUGGACAAUACAGCACUGCAAAUAUAUGGGUGAGUGCUGUUAUGGAAGCGGCCACAACGUGCGAGGAAGGGCUGACAAUGGAGGGAAAUGUGUCUCCGUUGACAAUAGAGAAUUACAAUUUCUUCCAGUUAUGUGAUAUUGCCCUAUGCAUCAUUAAUUGGCUUUCUCUACACGCAAAUACUUGAGUACUGCUUGCAGUAUAGCAUAUUUGGACCAUGACACGAAAAAAAAUACAGAUGGGUGCCACUUGACAUUAAUUACCUGAAUCCCUGUCAAGAACUGAAGAUGAGAAUCAGCCAAUUCAGUAAUUAUAGUGUAAUUAACUUUAACUAAAAGGGAAGGAUUUGAGACGGUUUGUACAGGAAAGUUUCUCUGUGCCUAUCUAAAGGUCUUAGACAACAUACAGCAAUUCAAUUUAACUUCAGAUCA